UACGUCAUUCUCACAAGUUGUUUGUAUACAGUGCAGAUCAGCUGUCAGUGUUUUGUCUCCUCUCAGCCACCAGCACCACUGAUACCGACAGGAUGGAGCAGCCAGAGUGGACACGUCUCUUCGAUAUAAUAGCAAAGAAUCUUAAACAAGGAGACUCCUGGCGUCUGGAGUUUGAUGAAAGUCUUAUGCCUAACUGCCAAACACCGGGCUGGAAGAAGUGUAUUGUUAGCACCAGUGCAAGGUACAAUUGCACCGAGUGUGGAAGAGGCUGGUCUUCUAACAAUGUGAGGGUUGCCUGCCACAUGCGCCUGUCAAACAGUCGGGGUGUUGUCAAGGUGAGGCCCUUCCGUCAGAACUGCAAGAUCUGCAGCGACGCCCCAAUGGAGAAGCCCAGCAUCGACUCAGAGAACACCAAAACCCUUCUGAAGAAUCUUGUUGAGAAAAUAAGAAUAAAAUGCUACAAUGAAUACCUGGGCAAAAAGAACAGGCCUUUCAAAAGAUUUGAUGGUAAAAUGCCACAUGAGCCUGCUCACUGUGAGGCCUGCAUGCAAGGCAUUUGUCCAAAAAAUCGGUCUUUUUAACAUAAAAAAAAAAAAAAAAGUUGUAUGGACACACAUAUAUAUAUAUAUAUAUACAGUACCAGUCAAAAGUUACGGUUAUUUUUUUUUAUACAUUGUAGAUUAAUAUUGAAGACAUCCAAACUAUGAAGGAACACAUAUGGAAUUAUGUGGUAAACAAACAAAUGCUCAACAAACCAGAAUAUUUAUUUUAUUUUAGAUUCUUCAAAGUAGUUGAAUGAGAAGGUGUGUCCAAACUUUUGACUGGUACUGUAUAUAAAUAUAUGUGUGUGCGUGUGUGUGUGAGGGUUUUGGGCUGUCGCGAGUGUUUUUAUGCCUAAGCUCAUAUUGAAUAAGCAUCAGUUGUAUAAGACUUCACCUCCUGUCAUUCUGUUACAUUGUGUUGCUUCCAUCAUUUUCAUAUGAUAAUCAAGUGCAUAUAAGCUUUCAUAUAUAUUCCUCUCGGUUUCUUCCUGUUUUUAUUUUUCUUUAAAAUAUGAAUUUGUCUGCUCAAAAGCAUUAAAACAGCUUUCUUACAAAAAGAAAUGUGAUAAAUAAAUGUGAUUGCAUACAAUUAACCAAACAUA